AUGGCCCAGAGGGAAGUCAACUGGCUUGGCGCAAUGGAAGACGACUCGUCCACCAAGACCGUCAAGAUCGCGACCCAAGGCUCUCAACCCGCCUCGCAGGAGAGCAACCGACACGUCUUCAUGUUCUGGGAAAAAGGUAGGCUCCCGCACAAUGGUGAUUUAGUGUAUGAGAUACUUCAUCUCGUCGGGCCGCCCCGCGGGUUGCGCUUCGAGCACAUCGCUAAGAGCGGGGGCGACGAUUUCAAACAGCGGCACCAAGUUGCGGAACUCGGGGACUUCACGCGGGCUCAACGCGAUCAGAUCCGCACGCUCGCGGCAAAACUCCCGUUCAACCCAGUCUCCGCGGUGAACGACUGCCGCGCUUGGCUUCACGAUCUCAUCAAUGCGAUGGUCGAAGACUCUGUCGUCAGGCUUUCCCCUGCCAAGCGCCAGGCGGCCCUUAGCAAGUGUCAUCUGCCGGCGCGGAUGCCGGAGUAG